GUGACAAUCAUGACAACGAUGUUCGUCCAACUGCGCCGCGUGGUGUACCUGUUGGUACUUCUGCAGUGCUGUGUGUGUGUGGCAUAUGCGGAUAAUGGUGCGGCGUCCCAAGAUUUUGAGGAAAAGAAUAUUUUACAGAAAUUGAAUGAAUUGAAAGCUAAGAUGGAGAAGGAGAACAAUGAUGUGAAGAUUAUCCUUGCGUCAGUAAACACCGUACAGGAAGAAUGGAGAGAAGCGUCAAACCGUGCAAAGAAUGCAGCAAAUAAGGCCAAUGAACUUGGACAGCUUGUUUCGGAUGUUACAAGCCGUGCUUUGCGUCUAUCUGAAAAUGUGAAUGAGAUAAAGAGUGAAUUGAAAGAGGCGGUAAAGAAGGCAGUAAGUGCAGAAAGAGAGAUCACUGAUGCCGCUGCCAACGCAAAUUUGAUAGCUAACAAAACAAGCAAUUCUGCGGCUGCAAUUUUAAAGGGGGAAGGUGAUUUGCUUGAGGCAAAUAUUCUUCUUGAAAGAAUUGCUGGAGACCACGUUAAUAUGAAAAGUGAAACGAGUCAGUCAGAAGUAAAGAGGUUGGCUCAAGUUUGUAUGGAAAAAGUAAAGGAAGUGGAUUCUUUCCUUGACGAAGUCAGUAAGGUCACUGCAAGUGCUGACAGUUUAGCGCAGGAGGCCAAGGAACAGGUGGAAGACGCCUCUGUUGCAGCAUUUACUCUUCAAAAAAUCAUUAAUGAUACUUUACAACUUUUCCCAGAUAUAAAAACAGAACUGGAACGUGAAAUUAAGGAGACAUCAUCACAGGAAAAUAAGGAGGUGGACGGUACAGUUUCAACUACGCAGAACGAAGAGGCGAUAAAGAACCCAAAUACCAAUUCCGCACAAGCUGAGAAGGGAAGCCAUACAACUGCCGAACAGCAGCAGAAUGGACAGGGCUCUGAGGGCCAAAAUAAUAAAGAAAGCAAAGAUGAGACACAAGACAAAAAUCAGAAUUCUCAGAGCAAUCCUCCAACUGACAGUAACUCAUCUGCUACUGGAACUUCGCCAUCACAAAAUAUGCCAACUGAACGUCCUUCUACAGAUUCAAUCUCAAUUAAUAAUACACAGUUAAGUGACAGCAGCAGCAGUCCUGCAUUGGUGCACAGUCCCUUAUCGCUGCUUCUUGUU